AUGCCGUUGAAUUGGGGGUUGAGAGCGUUGACGAGAAGCUCGAAGAACCGGUUGAGCAGGGCAGGGAUCGUAGAUCGCCACCGCGAUCUGAAAUACAUCUCGCAGGAUCUCAACUGCCGAGGAUUCGUAUCCACGAGUUCGGUUCCGCGCGAAGACAGACAACCUUACUGGCAGAACAUUGGCAUCUAUCAGCAUGCUACUGAAGAAGACUUCCUCAGUUAUCAAUGGCAAGUACGUGGUAACCAAGCUGAGGUAGGGUCGAUAUUCACAUGCAGCAUUGCUGACAAUCUGCAAAAUCAGAAAUCAAAGACGCUCGAUCGACAUUGGAAAUUGGUCAGUUUUCUUGAGAGUGUUCUACCAGACCGGAUACCAGAACCAUCCGUGAAGAAGGCGCGGUGGGCUGGAAUCAAGACUCGAGAUGAUUUCCUCGCAGACGUGGAUGCCGGAAUGAAGAUGGCUCCCAUGGCUGUCAGCCUGACUCCGCAUAUCCUCAGCGUGGCCGAUUGGAAUAACCCGUUGGAAGAUCCUAUUCGCAACCAAUUCAUUCCAUUGAAAUCAGGAUUGAAGCCGGAUCAUCCUGCCCUCACACUGGACUCGCUGCAUGAGAAAGACGACUCUCCAGUGCCUGGUCUCGUCCAUCGAUAUCCGGACAAGGUAUUGUUUCUCGCGAGUUCGAUCUGCCCUGUCUACUGUCGCUUCUGCACUCGCUCAUACGCCGUCGGUUCACCAACCGAAACCAACCCCAAGACCGGUGCACCCAAGCCGUUGAUCAGUAAAUGGAACACAAUGCUGGAUUACAUCCGCGCCCACCCAGAAGUCCAGGAUGUGGUAGUGUCCGGCGGAGAUUCGUAUUUCCUUGAUCCAGAACACAUCCGAUAUAUCGGCGACGAGCUGCUUUCCGUGCCUCACAUCCAGCGCUUUCGCUUUGCAACGAAGGGUUUGGCCGUCUGUCCCAUGCGUAUCAUUGACCCCAACGAUCGGUGGACAAACGAGGUGAUCCGGCUGAGCAACGUCGGCCGCGAGAUGGGCAAGCACGUCGCAUUGGUACUCUUACCCACGACUUGCCACAUCGCCAAAACUCUUGCUAACGCUUUGCCUUGCAGCACACGCACUUCAACCAUCCCGCCGAAAUCACAUGGGCAACCACCCUCGCAGCCCGCCAUCUCUUCCGCAACGGCGUGACGGUCCGCAACCAAACCGUCCUCCUCCGCGGCAUCAACGACUCCCUCCCCACCAUGUCCACCCUCAUCCGCCGCCUCGCAGACCUCAACAUCCAACCCUACUACGUCUACCAAGCAGACCUGAUCAAAGGCGUCGAAGACCUCCGAACCCCGCUGUCCACAAUCCUAGACCUGGAAAAGCAGAUCCGCGGCACGAUAGCAGGGUUCAUGAUGCCUGAUUUCGUGGUCGAUUUACCCGGUGGGGGAGGGAAGAGGCUGGCGCAGAGUUUUGAGAGCUACGAUCCUGUGAGUGGGAAAAGCGAAUGGAAGGCUCCGGGCGUUACUGGCGAUGAGACUUUUGUUUAUUGGGAUCCGAAGGAGUGA